UUUCACCAACCGACGCUUUUGCGGAGUGCUUUUUGGAUGCUGUAAAAACACGCCCAACUACGACGUAACGAAGCACGUUAGCAGUAUGAACGACAAGGCAUUAGAUAUUACACAAGCGGCUUUCGAGGGGUUGGGCUUCGAAUUGUUCGACCCCAGCGGAAACCACGUUCACUCGGUCAAGGACCUGGUGGUGAAUGCUACCAUGCAACAGGAAAAUUUAUCCCUCGCACCAACUCCCGUGGCCUCGGAUGCAACUCUGGAAGAGGCCUUCGGAAUCCAAUCACUAGAAACAUACGAUAUAGGAGAAAUGCUCGUCGAUUUACUCGAAGUGAUCAAAACUAAGGUACAAGAGCUGGUGCCAUCAACGCCGGUGACGGGUGAGCUGGCGGCCAUUAAGCGAGAUCGGUUGAAGAGGGCUGAGCUCAUGGCAAGCAAAAUCGAUAGUAGUCGCCUGCGCGAGAUGAGCUUACUUAUCGAUGAAGAGCGUCGUGAACAAGAAAAAUGUGAUGCAAUGUUGAUCGACGGAGUGAAAACGACAGAUAUAGAGUAUUGGGAACAACGAUUUGCCUGCAGAAAAAAGGAAGAGCAGCUACUUAUGAAACUCCUUAACUUUAUUACCGAACAGCUAAUGCAGGACCCGAAAGUUGACAAGUUUAAGCUAAGGAUGGAUGUUGUAGGUAUCUCACAAGCGCUUGGAAAUUGCUUGCCCUCGGCAUUAUUUGGGCCGGACCCUGCCGUGCAUGAUGUAGGAGCAGCAUUUCUUAAAGCUACUGCUGUGUUUAAAGGACCACCGCCAACGACCUCGGCCGCGCGUUCUUUGUUGCGAAACAAUUUGUCUCAGCCAGGUCAUUCUAAAGGGGAGCCGGUGCUUUUGCCGAUAGAUUUGCCGAAAACGGUCCAUAAUCAUACUACAGCCAAUGUGGUACAGCCCAGCAUCACGAAACUCAAUCCUGUAACUGAUGACAUGAAGGUAGUGGGAUAUGCGCUGGAUGAUAGCUCUAAGCAGACAGUAUUCCAACCAAUCCAUCCGCGUCGCAUAUGCCCUACCCUGGCAUUCCCCUUCAUAACAAUUGUUAAACGGAGAGUCAAGGCAGUCGGACCAGACAAUCCCGGACCGGGACCGUCCCGGGUUGUGGUAAAAAAGCGCGACCCGAAGCAAAGUCUUUCUAGAGCGAUAAAUCCGACGCACGUUCCCCAGGUGAAAGAGACAGUCUCGUCCAUGUUGGAACCAGAUGGUAAAAAUGGUGGGCUGCCGAGUAAAGUUGAUCGUCCGAACCUAAUUAAAUUUCGGCAGCUAAACCAAUAG